AUAUGAUAAUAAAAUCAAUCAACUAUCAUAACAGGUAAUUUACUUCCCGUUUAACCGUAAACAAAAUAAGUUAUACAAUAUGGCUUCAGACAAGACUAUGCUAGUCGCAGCAAUAGAUUUUGGCACCACUUAUUCUGGCUACGCAUUUUCACUUCGACAUACUUACGAGAAGGACCCGCUGAAAAUUCACGCAAACCAAGCUUGGAAUGCCGGUGGUCGACAGCUUAUGUCAUUGAAAACACCGACAUGUCUACUGCUAGACGACAAUAAAAAAUUUGUAUCAUUUGGAUACGAGGCAGAAAAUGAAUACGCAAACCUGGCUAUGGACGGAGAACAGAAUAAAUAUUACUAUUUCUACAGAUUUAAAAUGAAACUUCAUAAUAAUAAGCACAUUACCAGCGAUAUGGCUGUAGAAGAUAUAACCGGGAGAACCCUUCCAGCAAUAGAUGUAUUCUCUUUAUCCAUCAGAGCAUUAAAGGACCACUUGCUUGAGGAAUUAGAGAAACAAGGGACUGGACUAAAAGUUGAUGAAAUAAAAUGGGUUCUUACAGUACCCGCAAUUUGGUCGGAUUCAGCAAAGCAGUUUAUGCGUGCUAGUGCUGAAAAGGCAGAAAUACCUGGAGAACGACUUCUGAUAGCAUUAGAACCAGAGGCCGCAUCUAUAUAUUGUCAACAUCUUCCUAUAGAGAAACUUCAAGGAGCUGGUACUGGAUUUACAAUGUCCAGAAAAGGAACAAAAUUCAUGAUAAUUGAUUUAGGCGGUGGUACUGCUGAUAUAACUGUCCAUGAAAAACUUGAUGGAACAAGACUGAAGGAAUUGUGUAAAGCUUCGGGAGAUGCAUGUGGAGGGACAUCGGUUGACAAUGCAUUCUUCCAAACAUUUGUGAAAAUUCUUGGUGGGCCAGUAAUGAGAAAACUACAGAAAGAGUACACAUCGUCUUACAUGGAUCUUUUUAGAGAGUUUGAGACAGUGAAACGAACUAUUAAAACUAGCACAUCGGGGAAAGUUAAUUUUACAGUCCCAUACGUUGUUUUGGAUCAAAUCUGUAAGGACAAUUUGGACGAAGAUUUUCCAAAAACAGUAAAGGCAUCAACACUUGCAGACAAGUUAUCUAUUCUCGGCGACAAGAUACGUUUCGAUGCUGAAUUUAUGAAAUCACUUUACAAACCAACAAUCGAUAACAUCAUUGCGCAUGUUAAGGAUGUGCUUCGAAAGAAAGAAUCAAGCGAUGCUAAAACUUUUCUUCUUGUGGGUGGAUUUUCCGAAUCGCCAAUGAUUCAAGAGGCAAUCCGAAAAGCAUUUCCCAAUAUACGAGUAAUCGUACCAGAAGAUUCUGGUAUUUCAGUUCUUAAAGGAGCUGUGUUGUUUGGCCAUAGACCAGAUUUUAUAUCGUCUCGUAUUGCAAGAUAUACUUACGGUGUUAAGAUCACGCCGGAAUUUGAUCCAGCAAAACACGAUGAAAGAAAAACAUUCAGAAUUGGGAAUGUUGCACAUUGUAAUGAUGUUUUUAGUAGUUUCAUGAAAGCAGACACGUCUGUACUAGCAGGUCAAAAGGUCAUGGAGGUUUAUACCACGACUACGCCCUUGCAGUCACAAAUGGGAUUGCGUGUGUACUGUACACCACUUGAAGACCCAAAGUAUGUCGAUGAUGAUGGAUGCUCUCUUCUUGGCGAAUUGGACGUUACUGUGCCUAACCCGUCACUCGCAGAGCACCACUUGGCUGUCGAAUUUCACUUUGGAAAUACUGAACUAAGCGUAACAGCAGUGGAAAUUCCGUCCUUAACACCAUGCAAGGCAAAAUUUAAAUUAUGAUUUCAACAUCUUCCUUCCUUUUUGGACGGUUAACCAUUCAUGAAUUUGUAUAUGAUCAUAACAAAGGUGUAUUAGAUUCUUUCCAUAUU